CAAAGGCAAACUGUGUGAAUUUGGCGCCAAAGGCAAAAAAUGAGAAUUGCAGAGAUAUCAUCAUCACCAUCACCUUCAACUCAACACCAACAAGAUUCCCAACUCCUUCUCUCUCAAAUCGAAUCUUCAAUCAAACACUUAGAACAGUUCUCUUCAACUCUCAACAACACUAACACUAACACCAUCUCUAACACCAUCUCCUCCAAUCUCCGUCAAUCCCUCACUCAGCUGAGUCAACUCGGUCCCUUCUCCUCCGAGUUCAACCUCCAUCUAUGGAAACUCAGUUACCGUCUCUGGAACUCCUGCGUCGACCUCUCCAACCUCAAUCCCAAACUCCGCUCCUCUUCUUCUUCUUCUUCUUCUGCUGCUUUGUCUCUCGACCUCGCCAAGCUCCGCCACAUCGCCGCCGAUAUCCUCUCCCUCGCCGGCAACGUCUCCGGAGUUCCUUCUCCGUCCAUCAAGUCCGCUUCCUUCUACUACAAAACCGGCCUCAUCUGGCAUGACCUUCGCCGCUUCGACCUCGCUUCCUCUUGCUUCGAGAAAGCCACCGAUCUUCUCUCUAACUCCAACGCCGCCGCCGCCAUCUCCGCUGACGAUUCAACGAAACUUCUCCUCGAUGUCAAUCUCGCCAGAUCUCGUACGGCCUGGGAACUCUCCGACCGAAACCUCGCCGUCGCUUUGCUUAGCCGCUCCAAGACCUUGCUUCUCUGCUCCGCUUACUACGGUUCGCUCGCUAACCAGUACUUAGCCUUCGGGAAAUCUCUUCUAUCGAAGAAGAAUGAGACUGAAUCUCUCUCCGAAGCUCUCAAAUUGAUGAAGGAAGCAUUGGAUCUGUGCGAGAAAGUCGGAAACGGAAAUCUGAGAGAAUUGAGAUGGAAAACGCUGCGGUUCAUCUCAGCCGUCCAUUUACAGAAAGAAGAGUACGAGAGCGUGAUCAAGUGCGUUAGGGUUCUGAGACAGAGUGAAGACGAGAAAAACCAGCAUCCGAGUCUGCCAGUAAUGGCGGUGAAGGCCUGGUUAGGGUUAAGAAGGUUCGGUGAAGCAGAGAAGGAGCUCAGGGGCAUGGUGGUAAAUACCGGAAUUCCGGAGGGCGUUUGGUUGUCCGCGGUGGAAUCCUAUUUCGAUGCGGCGGGAGGGUCAGCCGGGGCCGAGACGGCCAAGGGGCUGUUCUUGGGGCUAAUGGGGCGGUGCCAUGUCAGCGCCGGGGCGGCGGUGAGAGUAGCUCACAGGGUGGUUGGAGAUGGUGUUGAGAGUGAGGGGUCUAAAGUGAGGGCUAAAGUGGUGGCAGAGCUGGUCUCGGAUGACAGAGUUGUGGCGCUAUUUGCAGGCGAGGCGGUAGCUAAGGAGAGGAUGGCAAUGCACGCUGUGCUUUGGAAUUGCGCUGCUGACUUCUUUCGAUCAAAAGAUUAUGGGACAAGUGCAGAGAUGUUUGAAAAAUCAAUGCUUUAUAUUCCAUAUGAUAUUGAGAGUAAAAUUCUCCGAGCUAAGGGCUUUAGAGUUUUGUGUCUCUGUCACCUUGGUCUAUCUCAGCUUGAUCGAGCUCUAGAGUAUAUCAAUGAGGCUGAAAAGCUGGAGCCCAACAUAGCCUGUGCUUUCCUUAAGUUCAAGAUUUACCUGCAAAGGAAUGACCAUGAUGGUGCUAUUAGUCAAAUCCAAGCAAUGACAACCUGCCUCGAUUUUACAACGGACUUUAUCUCCCUCUCAGCUCAUGAAGCUGUUGCUUGCCGUGCGUUUCCUGUUGCUGUGGCUGCUCUAUCUAAUCUACUAAACUUCUAUACCCCAGGAAAAUCAAUGCCUACAACAGAAAUUGUAGUGCUACGUACCUUGGUUACAAUCCUUAUUCAACAGCCUGGCAAUGAGCUGGAAGUUGUGAAAUUUAUAAAACGUGCUCAUAAUCGAGCAUCUGAACUUGGUUCAGAUCUCUUCUUUGGAAAAGGGGAGAUUGGAAGACGGGAACGGAAUUGGUUUGCUGUAACUUCAUGGAACUUAGGGACAAGAACUGGAAAGGAGGGUAACUACGAACUAUGUGCUGAAUUUUUUAGAUUAGCUUCAGAAAUAUACUGUGUUCUGGUUGAUGGGCAAGCAGAAGAAAACAAUGUUAUGGUUGGCAAAUCGUUAAUACUGACCGUAUCUUCCAUGAUAGCUUCAGAGAAACAAAGGAAGGCUGCAUUGUCAGAAAGUGAAGUGAAUGAAGCUGUAAAACUGCUAGAUAAAGCAGGGAAGAUACUGAAGUCAAUCUCAACUGGGACUCGACUAAAUGAUGAUCAAAUGAUCACCCUUGAGCCUGAUCUCUUCUUCAUAUACACCUUCAGUGCCUAUGAUAUAAAAGGAAGGCUAAAUGAUUUAGCAUCACAGCAACUCCUGGUGAAAAGUUUUGCCAGUUCAAAAGCUUGCAAUUCCAAGCACCUCCUUCAGAUAGGCCUUACUGCCUCGCAGGCUCCACAGUCCAAUCAUGAAGUAGCUACCUUUGCUUUAAAUGAGUGCCUCUCAUCACUCCUUUCUUCUCCAUCUCCUGAUUUCGAAAAUGUGGCUCUUAUUCUGCGGAAGCUUAUUGCAGUAGCAAGUAUUCAUAAGGGUGAUAAAGAUGAUGAUGCUGUGUAUGGCAUGUACAAGCAAGCUUACCAAAUAAUGGUGGGGUUGAAGGAAGGAGAGUAUCCUACUGAAGAGGGAAAAUGGCUUGCCAUGACAGCAUGGAAUCGGGCAGCACUGCCUGUGCGAUUGGGGCAGAUUGAAAUGGCCAAGAAAUGGAUGAAUAUUGGUAUGGAGCUUGCUAAGCGCAUUCCAGGAAUGGAGACUUACAAGGCAUGCAUGGAAGAUUUUGUUGAUUGCUUUCAAAAGAAAUGUAAUGUGCAGAAUAAUGGUGAAAAUAGGCCUCAGCUAGUGGAAUGAUGUAUACAUCUGUUGUACAGGAAAUUAAUGGUACAUCUUCCUUGUACAGAUAAACUUUUAGGUGCAUAUAAAAUUUACUCCAUAUAAUUCAAUUUAGGUCUUUUUAGGCUAGUAGGAUUGGCCAUUCCACUUUGUGUAUCAGCUCUUUUAUUUGUGACUAGAAAUUGCAUGUGAAGAACAAUGGUGAAAUAGAAUUUCGGACCCUUAAGAUGGUUAUCAUUGGUCUUUUAUUCUAUAUUCACCUUUUCUUUAGUAGAAAUACCAAAACAAUUUCUCAUUAGAAAAUUUUGGAGUAGCAAGGCAUCUUUUAAAUAAAAUAACAGUCUAUAGGAUGUUUACUUAAAUUUAUAUUUACCACGUUUCUCUCAAUUUCUGAAAAAGAAAUCUAUUUUUACUUUCAUUCUUGGGAAUUUUUAUUUUCUUCAGGUCAAAAGUUUGUGGAUUUAAAAUUUUAAAUCCUAGUAUUAGUGUAUUUUUAAAAUGAAGGAAUAUGUAAGUUGUAAGGACAAAUAGCAAGUUGAAAAAGUUUCUUUCUUCUUGGACCAAAAAAGAAAAAAAAUAAUAAUAAGAGAAAAGUAAGGAAAAGUAAAGAGGAAAAAAAAAAAAAAAAAAAAAGAAAAAGAAAAGAAAAGAGAAGACCCAACGGAAAACGAGAGAACCCAAUCACAUAAACUGAUAUACUGCCACCCUUGCCUUUAUCCUCUCUCUCUCUGUCCAAAUGUUCCUCAUGGAGUCUCUUUCCAUGGUCGUCUCAUCUUGUCCACUCAAAACCCAGAAACCAUGCAGCUCUAAGCCCAUUUCCACUUGCCAUUUUUUAGCUUCUCAUAAACCCCAUUUCCCCACCAACAAAACCCCUCUCCAAAACCAUCCUCUGCUUCUCCAAACCUCUUAUUUGGCUCCCCUGUUUCAAAAUCUAACAAAAACCCAACUCUCUCUCACUCUAAUCAACCUCCUCACUCCUCUUCCUUGCUUUGCUUCUGAACCUGUUGUCUCUGACAAAAUUAACCUGGAGUCAAUCUCGCCAGAUCUCGUACGGCCUGGGAACUCUCCGACCGAAACCUCGCCGUCGCUUUGCUUAGCCGCUCCAAGACCUUGCUUCUCUGCUCCGAUCACUACGGUUCGCUCGCUAACCAGUACUUAGCCUUCGGGAAAUCUCUUCUAUCGAAGAAGAAUGAGACUGAAUCUCUCUCCGAAGCUCUCAAAUUGAUGAAGGAAGCAUUGGAUCUGUGCGAGAAAGUCGGAAACGGAAAUCUGAGAGAAUUGAGAUGGAAAACGCUGCGGUUCAUCUCAGCCGUCCAUUUACAGAAAGAAGAGUACGAGAGCGUGAUCAAGUGCGUUAGGGUUCUGAGACAGAGUGAAGACGAGAAAAACCAGCAUCCGAGUCUGCCAGUAAUGGCGGUGAAGGCCUGGUUAGGGUUAAGAAGGUUCGGUGAAGCAGAGAAGGAGCUCAGGGGCAUGGUGGUAAAUACUGGAAUUCCGGAGGGCGUUUGGUUGUCCGCGGUGGAAGCCUAUUUCGAUGCGGCGGGAGGGUCAGAGAUAAAACCCCUUCCUUUUGAGAUAAAACCAGAAACAGAGAGCAACAACAAAAGGUUACAUUGUUCACCGCCUAAGAAUUCGAAUUCGGAAUUCCUAAUCACACUCGGAUUUUGUUCACCGCCUCAUCUUUCUUACGUUUUACUCUAAAAAGUAGCCGUUGAGGCGGUGAUCAUUUACCGAGUUUGUUUAGGAUUUCCGAAUUCCGAAUAGCAAAAGGAAACAAUUGUUGGGUAUUUAUAAGAUUGCAAUGCUUUGCAUAGAGACUACAUUUUUUAUAUAUUGAAAUUCCACUUUCCACA